AUGUUCACCUCGGAUAGCUGCGCAUCUGAGAACACCCAGGCGAUCGAGCAAUCGAGUUUGUGGCGCUCAGGCACACUUCAUUGGGACGCGCAUCGUAUAGGAUGGGUGAUUUCUGGAGGGUGUAGCGUUCUAACAGUCUUGAUCUCCAUCUUUUCCGUGAUGCGCCACUGUCGGAAUUAUACUAAACCAUACGAACAACGACAAAUAUUGCGGAUAUUGUAUAUGCCACCAGUCUACGCCAUCUUAUCGUUCUUGUCAUACCGUUUUUUCCGGUAUUACGAAUAUUUCUCCCUCGCCGAAGCAGACUUUGUUUAUCAGGCCAUCACGGCGAGCGCUUUCUUCUUACUACUCAUUCAGCUCGCAGCAAAAACAACCGCUGGUCACUCAGCAGAAAAGGCUUUGAUGAGAAAAGACAAGACUCCGCUGCCGUUUCCGCUUUGCUUUUGGCGAUUUAGGCCUACCAAAGCUUCCUUCAUGUAUACCCUCAAGUGGUCUGUUCUUCAAUAUGUUGUUGUUCAACCAGUUAUGUCGGUUGUUGGCGUUAUCACUAAUGCCAAGGGAAUACUACUCUGCCCGGGAGGGCCAUAUAGCUUUCACUUUUUUCAGAUUUAUCUAGAGAUCAUCGACUUCCUCAGCAACAGCAUCGCAUUUUAUGGCCUCACAAUAUUUCGCGAUCAUCUCAUCGCCGAGGAGCUUGCCGGGCAACGGCCCCUUGCAAAGUUCCUGUCUAUCAAGCUCAUUCUCAUGUUAACCUUUUUUCAAACAUUUAUUCUCGGCCUCCUUGAAGGACGGGUUAUCAAGCCUACGGAAUAUUGGACGGCCGCGAACAUUGCAAAUGGUAUCUCAAGUCUGAUGAUAUGUGUCGAGAUGGUGUUCUUCUCUGCAUUCAUGUGCUGGACAUUCACCGUCGAUGAAUACAAGACUGGAGAGAAGACGAGCAUCGUAAAGCCGCUUUGGGAUAGCAUCAACUACAGCGACUUCUUCCUCGAGAUCUGGGGCUCGUUCCUCUUCUUCUUUGCAUACGCGCUCCGCAGGCCUGGCGCACGUACGCCUGGGAGGGAUAACCGGCCCGACUUUGGUGAGGCGUUCGGAGUGGAAGGGGCGUUCAGGAGGCCCACAGCUGCGGCGGGCAGGGGUGUCGGUGGUGAGUUCCCGAUCGCGAUGCGUCCGCGGGCAAACUACGACGAGAGUAUGCGGCUAGCGCCCUAG